GAAAACCGUUACGUCGAAAUAGGAUGAGCAGCGCUGGUAGCAUUGAUGAUCUCUCCGUCAGGAUUUUUCCCCCUGACGGCUACGUUUUCCAGAUCGAAUAUGACGCCGAGGCCCUCCAAAACAACGGGUCUGUUGUGGGGAUCAAGUGCAAAGAUGGCAUUGUUAUGGGCGUGGAGAAGUUGAAAGCUAGCAAGAUGAUGCUAAGCGAUUCCGUUCAUAGGCGUACUGUCAUGGCUGUAGCUGGCUUAGGUGCUGAUGGUGCACGAAUUUUUGCACGAGCAAAGUCGGAGGCAGCCAAAUAUGAGAAUAUGUUCAGUGAACCAAUACCUGUGAAAGAACUCGUUGAACGUGUUGCUAGCUAUGUGCACUUGUAUACCCUCCAUUGGUUGUGUAGGCCCUUUGGGUGUGGUGUUAUUCUUGGUGGUUAUUAUGGAGACGAACCAGAGUUAUACAUGAUUGAACCAUCUGGAAUAUCUUAUAGGUAUUAUGGCGCUGCGAUUGGAAAAGGCAAGCAAGCUGCUAAAACACAUAUUGAGAAGUUGAAGCUUUCAGACAUGACAUGUCGUGAAGGAGUUUUGGAAGUAGCCAAAAUCAUUUACAAGGUACAUGAUGAAGCAAAGGAUAAGGGGUUCGAACUUGAACUGAGCUGGGUCUGUAACGAGUCAGAGAGAAUAUAUCAAAAGAUUCCCGAUGAACUUCUAGAGGAGGCCAAGUCUGCUGCAAGACUCCCUUCAAGAAAGACGUUGAUUACCAAGCGACCCGUUGAGUUGCCCUUUUACUAGAGAAACCAUGGUGAAAUCUGGACAAUGACAAUGUGGGCGCUCUGUGACUGACAUGUCAGAUCAACAAAUGUACUAUUUCGUCCGCACCAGACAUACUAUUUAUUUUUCAGUUUGUAAACAUCAAUUUUUGGGGAAUUUUGUGAAAAAAGUAAAAAACCCUUAAUUUUUUCUGGAUGAAAAAAAUCCUCUUAAUUUUUUUUCUUGAUAUGAAUGAUACACAUUGUUUAGGUAAUUUGAUGUGUGGAAAGAGAUUCACAAC